AUGGACCUCCAGUGGAAACCAACCAUGUUCCAUCUCACGUUCCUGGCACUUAUCCUGGGAAGCAGCGUGUUGGACUCUACCCAGGGUAUGGACUUGCAUCGACUCAAUAAAAGAUGUCACUUCCAAAGAGACACGAAGUUUCCAUCAGUGAUCUCCGUCACCUUGAACGUCACUGGACAAUCUCAGCCUCAUGGACCCAACGUGGCGAAGCGUUCCCUCUCUCCUUGGGACUACAGCUAUGAUGUCGAUAACAACAGAUACCCUCCGGUCAUUCCGGUGGCAAAAUGCCGCCACAGCAGUUGCGUGAACUCAGAUGGUGACUUAGACAACAGCGGGAAUUCCGUCCCAAUCAAGCAGGAGAUGCUUGUCCUUCACCGCGAGAUGAAGGACUGCAAAGCGAUCUUCAGGAUGGAGAAGAAGAUGAUCACCGUGGGCUGCACCUGCGUCCGUCCCAUCAUCCAACAUCUAGUAUAACCCGUCCGGUUUUUACUUUGAACAGAAGAUAUAGCAGUAAUGGGA